AUGGGUGUUAAAAACAAUAAGCGAGAUCAAGAAAACCAACUAUUAGUUUCGAAAUUUAAUUCGUUAAGUCAGUAUAAUCAAGAAAUUGGGCAUGAUUUAGCUAAUUUGGGAGUCGUACUUGAUCGUAAGCUUGCUGAUAAAGAAGUUAAAAAGCAAAAAUCUAAGAAAACAUCAAAACAAAGACAAAAAUUAGAAACAAAAGUACAUCAGAACAUAAUCAAACUAACGUCACAGAAAGAUUUUAUAUUUGCAUGUAAUCAAAUACAAGAAUCUCGUGAAAAUAGGCGAAAUCUUCUUCGUUUAGCCAAUACAAUUUCAAAAGAUAACGGAGAACCUAAAACUUUGGAAGAAUCAAAGCAAUAUAUAACAGAUACUAUUCAAUCCUCGCAAAAUGAAAUCAAUGAAAUCCAAAAACAUAUCGAAGUUAUUAAUUCAACUACAAAAGAUAACCCUGUUGAUGAGAAAAAGGGAAAUUUGGAAAAGCUCAUUAUCACCAUUGAAGCAGAUAAUAACCAAAUGCGUCAGAAAAUCAAAAACAACCAUCCUUUAAACAAUUCAUUAAAACAAUCUUUAGGAAAGAAUACAAAUAUUAUUAGUUCAGCAGAUGAAUCAGAAAGUUAUGCAAGUGGAUUUGCGGAUGAUGAGGAUGAAUCAUAUUACUCUAAUAAAUCUAGAAAACAUUCUUCGAAAUCAAAAGAAAUCACUGAAGAUAAUAAGUCAGAAAAAGAUGUAACAAACGAAAAUCAAGAAGCAGAAGAUUCAAAACCUAAAAAUGAUGAAAAAAUCGAAUCAGAUUUUAUCGAAGAAAAUGAAGCGUCCGAUAAAAGUGAAAAAUCGAAAAAAUCUAAUAAAUCUAAGAAGAAAUCAGACGAUUCAUCCUCUUCAGAUUCUUCAUCAUCGUCAAAAUCUUCCAAAUCUAAAUCUUCUAAGAGUAAGAAAGAUUCAGAAGCUAAUAAAGAAGAACAAGAAAAGGUUUCUGAUGCACAUAUUGCUGCAGAAAAAGAAGCUAAAGAAAUUCAAGAAAAUAAUUCCGAAAAAGAAAGAUCUCAAAACGAUGAAAAGGUUGAAUCAACUAAAGACAAUGAAAGUUCAAAGUCGGAUUCAAAGAAAGAAGACAGUGAAAAAAUAAUAAUCGAAGAUUCUGAAGUGAUUCAAGCAGAUAGCGACAAAAAGAAGGAUAAAUCUAAAUCUUCUAGUGAUUCUGAUGAUAAAAAGGCUGAAAAAUCACAAUCAGACUCAAAAUCAAAAAGUAAAUCAAGCUCAAGUUCGAGUUCAAGCUCUUCUUCUUCGUCGAGUUCAUAUAUUUAUGAAUACUAUUCCACAUCUGAUGAAUACUACAGCGAUGGAAAGCAUAUACAAAAGUUGGCGGAAAAUGCAGUUGCAAUUGCAACUAAAAAUGCAGAAUUCAUGGCAAUAAAGAGAGAAGGAAAGGUAGAAAAAAGGACCCAAACUAGUGAAAAGAAGUUAUUACCAAUAGUAGAACCAGAAAAUCCAGAAAUGUCAAAUGCAGACAAAGAAAAGAUUUCGGAUCUUGAUAAGAGCUUGAAAGAGAAAGCAAUCAAACUCGAACAGCUGAAGAAAGACAAUGAGCUUGCCAAACAACACUUCUUCAGCAGUUUCCAUGAGUUUGGAGCUUCAUCAGCUCCUUCACCAGAUGCAAUUGUUGAUUUGAGAUUGAAGAAAUAUAACCAGAGCCAAACCGGCGCUCAAACAGAAAUUACAAAAGGCCAAUACGAGUUCCACGAAGAGUUCCUCAGAAAGCAAAAAGAAGAGAUUGCAAAGGCCGCUCAAAUACAACAGGAGUAUGAUCAACAAAAGAACAGAGUCACAAAGACACAAGAAUUGCUUGCAAAGGCAUCAUUGAGAGGCUCACAUCUCGAUACGGAAAUUGCCAAAUCUAAGAACAAACUCAAACUGUUUGAUGCAAACCUUGAAAUGGACAGACAAUCUCAAGAAUCUGUUGAGAAAUAUACACAAAAACUCCAUCACAAAGCGAAGAAGUUAAAAGCCAAACUGAAAAAUCGUCAAUCAAUGUUUACGCAAAUUCAGAACAAAAUUUCAGCAUUGGAACAGAAGAUCGAAGACUUAGUUGCUGCAAGAGCUGUUCUAGAAAGAGACUUGAAAGACACAGAAUCUAAAAACAAGCCAGAAGUUGUUCAUCUAUCAGAACAAGUAACUCAUUAUUCAAAGAAACUUGAAAGUGCUGAAAACAAAAUGACAACAACAAGAAAUGAUGUGAAUAAGCUAAAACAGGAAAUUGAAGAAUUAGAUAAUUCAGAGAUGGCUAAGAAGAUACAAGAGCUAAAGAUGAAGAAAUUUGAUUUAGAAAGAAGGUCAAUGAAAUGGAAUAUUAUGAUGAAAAAUACAACAACUACGAUGCAAGUUGUUGAAGCUUUUUCAAUCAGAAGCGGAAAACAAAGAUCGCAGUUGGUUAGUUCUUAUGAUAAAAAUGAAAGGAAAAGACAACAGGCUGAUGUUACUGCGUCUAGACUUGAAUGGUACUCUAAUUUGUUGAGUGCUUUAAUAACUGAGCAUAAUACAAACUGGAGAAAGUAA